AUGGCAACUAACCAUCUCACUGCUAUUUCUCAACCCAAAUUCUACAAGAUAAUACUUUCUCCACAUGAAUGCAGUCGUCUAAGAAUUCCACAAGAUUUUGCCAGUAGAUAUUACAACAACAUGCAAAGCCCCGCACGUCUUGAGGUUCCUAGUGGAGAAGUAUGGAAGGUUGAAGUUGUUAAGUCUGAAGGCCAAAGUUGGCUAACAAAAGGAUGGCAAGAUUUCAUUGACUGUUAUUCAGUAAAAUGUGGCCACUUUUUGAUGUUCGGAUACAAUGGCCAUUCCCAUUUUAACGUCACCAUAUUUGAUAUGAGUGCAUCAGAAAUUGAAUAUCCUUGCGGUGCUCCCCAUGGUACACACAUUCCUGAGUCAGAUGAUUCUGUAGAGAUCCUAGAGGGUAUCCCAAGAAGCCAUAAAGCGAAAACGAAAAGUUCAGAUAUGGUUGAAAAUUCUGUUGAAAACGUAGGCCAUUGUUUAUUAGGAAAGGCCAACAAAAGAAAACGUGUUUCAGUUGAUAUGUUAAAAGAGGGAGUAGCUUCACCUUCGUCCACGAAAAAGAGCCAAAGUCAUUCCCAUUUUAAUGUCACCUUCUUUGAUUUGAGUGCGUCAGAAAUUGGCUAUCCACGCCGCUCUGCUCAUGAUACACGCACCACCGAGUCCGAUGAUUCUUUAGUAAUCUUAGAGGGUAUCCCAAGAAGCCACAGAGGGAAAGAGAAAAUUCCGGUUGCGGUUGAGGAUUCUGUCGAGGUCAUAGCCCAUUGUUCAUCAGGAGGGUCCAGCAAAAGAAAAGGACGAGAAGGAGAUGAAGAGAACGAUGUUUCUGUUGAUAUGCACUUCAAAAGAAUGGAGGUUGAGGAGUUGCCAGGGGAUGUAGCUUCACCUUCUUUCUCAAGAAAGGGCCAAAAAAUUGGAUAUCCUCACAGUGCUGGCCAUGGUACACGCACCAGUGAGUCGGAUGAUUCGAUUGAGAUUCUAGAGGGAAUGACAAGAAGCUACAAAGUGAAAGCAAAAGUUUCAGAUAUGGUUGAGCAUUCUGUUAAAAACAUAGGCCAUGCUUCGUUAGGACAUGCCAGCAAAAGAAAAAGACAAGAGGAUGAAGCUUCACAUUCUUUCACCAAAAAGGGCCAAAGUAAGAAUAUGAUAACUGACAUACUAUCACGAUUCACAGAAAGCGGAGAACUUUGUAGGAUGCACAAGCAACAAUCCAAGAUUUUUAAUGAUAAGAACAAUACAGUAAUGGACAAGGAAAGGAGUAUAGCUUAUCAAAGAGCAAAAGCUUUUAAAUCUAAGAAUCCGUUGAUUAGAAUUUUUAUGCGGCCUUCAUAUGUCUUCCCUCGAACUCAUCUGGUAAGCUACAAGAUAUAUAUUUUAUGGAAUUUCCAAUGCUCUACUCUUUCUUCAUCCCAUCCUGCAAAACGUUAAAACUGAUUUACUGAGCCAU